AUGCGUGCCCUGCAACGAACCAUUUUAGCCCUUCACGAAAGUGAUGAUGCCGCUCGUCCCAGUUCGUCCAGCAAGUCAUCGGACAAUCGCAGUGUUACUACACCCUCUGGCGGAGUUUCUCAAUCUGGAAGUGUCCCUGCUCUAACAGUAUCGGAUGCUACUACGACGUUCGAGCAAAUUCGUCGAGUACCAGGCAACGAAAGAUGUGCUGAUUGUGGGUCAGAGCAACCCAAAUGGGUCAGCAUCAACCUCGGAGUGGUGUUGUGUAUUGAAUGUUCCGGAGUUCAUCGGAGCCUUGGCGUCCAAACCUCAAAAGUCCGGUCAUUAACGAUGGAUUCGAUUGAUCCAGAGUUGAGGGACGUCCUUCUCAGUCUUGGAAACUCACAGGUGAAUGCUAUCUACUUAGCCUAUCUUCCUGACGAGGACGUUGUUCCUCCACCUGCUAUGGACAACUCAAGUCGGCAGGUAUGA